AUGAGCGUUAGUGUGUGCGUGGUGUGGCAGGUGGGUACGGUGCUGCUGUACGGCGUGCCGAUCGUGUCGCUGCUGAUCGAGUCUCAGGAGCGGCUGUGCCUGGCGCAGAUCUCGAACACGCUGCUGAAGGAGUUCAGCUACAACGAGAUCCACAACCGGCGCGUGGCGCUGGGCAUCACGUGCGUGCAGUGCACGCCGGUGCAACUGGAGAUCCUGCGGCGCGCCGGCGCCAUGCCCGUGUCGUCGCGCCGCUGCGGCAUGAUCACGCGCCGCGAGGCAGAGCGCCUCUGCAAGAGCUUCCUGGGAGACAACGCGCCGCCCCGCCUGCCCGAGGACUUCGCCUUCGCCGUCCACCACGAGUGCGCCUGGGGCUGCCGCGGCGCCUUCCUGCCCGCCAGGUACAACUCGUCGCGGGCCAAGUGCAUCAAGUGCGCCAUGUGCGGCCUCUUCUUCUCGCCCAACAAGUUCAUCUUCCACUCGCACCGCUCGGGGCCCACGGCCAAGUACGUCCAGCCGGACGCCGCCAACUUCAACUCGUGGCGACGACACCUACGGCUCAGCGGGUCGCCGCCAGAGGAGGUGGUGCACGCGUGGGAGGACGUCAAGGCCAUGUUCAACGGCGGCACCCGCAAGCGCCUCAUGGCCUCGUCGUCGUCGUCGUCCUCCUCCUCGUCGGUCUCGUCGGCGUCGUCGGCCUCGUCACCGGCUUGCAAGCAGCCCAAGCUGACGCCCGCCCCCGCACCUGCACGCGUGCCACCCUUUCCGGACCUGCCGCUUCCGCUCUCCAGGAGCCUGGUGAUGGACUACGUGUGGCACCAGAAACAGCAGCACUUCGCCUUCCCGCCGUACGCGGCUGCGCUGCCCUGGCUGGCGAGCGCCAAGCUGGGCUUCCCGCCCCCACCGCCGCCCCCGCCGCCUCCACCGUCCGCGCUCAGCCACGCAGACCUGCAGCCCAAGGCGCCGUACCAGUCGGCGUUCCGGCCGGUUCUGCCGGCUGCUGCCGCGGCCGCUGCGGCUGCCGGCGUCGCCGCCGUCGCGACGCCCCAGCCGUCUGCGCCCGCUGCUCUCGUCGCCGCCGAAAACCUCGCUGAGGAAAGAAGAGGUUCUCCUCUUGCAGGCUACAGUAUUGAGCAGAUACUGGAGGUACUGGAGCGUUCCCUUGAAACAGCUCUUGUGUUCUCGCAGGCCUCGGUGGGCGACGCUCCGAGCCCCACGGGCAUUGGGGCCAGCGCCGAAGACGAAGACGACGACGAGACGCUGGUCGACAUCGAGAGCACCGAAGAUGAGCCACCCCCGGCGCCCACCCCCGCCACCCCCACUAACGCUCCAGCGCCGCGGCUCUGGAAAACCGCCUCGCCCAAGGUUGAGGAAGAAAUCGCAGAGCAAGACAGCCCAGCCGGAGGUGAAGGUCAGCCGGUUCCGCGGCCGGGCCUGUGGGCUGUGGCGCGCCUCUCGCUGGAGCACCCCGAGCGCGCCCUCUACCGCAGCGAGGUCGCCAGGCAGCUGCACAUCAUGAGGGGUGAGUCGCUGGCGGCCGGGGGAGGCUCGUCUGCAGCGCGGGGCGUGGGAAGCAGCGGGGCGACGGCAGCCGAAAGAGGACAUGCACACAUCAAAAGGGACCGGCACAGACUGAAACUAAGAAAGCGUAUGGCCUCAUCACCAACUCCGACUGACUACAACGAAGCCUUGAGUAAACUAUUUGACAUAGGAAAGCCGGCAUUCUUUAAGCUGGCAACCCACGGCACAAUCUGA